UUCGUAUGUUAUUGUCAGAUUGACUUUGACAGGAGACAAUAUAUUUCAGCGCUGUAUUUUUUUAUUUGUUUGAUAAAUGUUGUGUCGUGGUUUCUAUUUUAUAUUUAGUUCAAAAAAUUGUUAACUAUAUCUAUUCUACCACAUACAUAAUAGUUAUUUUAGCAAAAAAAUGGAUAUGAGACAAGAAUUCAUUACAAAUUUACAGUCCUACACAGAAGGAAUUGAUAAGGAAGUAACAAUGAUUCUUCAAAGUCUUCAAUGGGAUAAAAAUCAUCUAUUACAGCAUCCUGUCUUGGUUUCAUGUGUAUAUGAUUCGAAUCAUAAGAUGCCACCUGACAAGGUUGAUGAACAUGAGAGACAAUGCUUCUUCAGCCAUAAUGGAUAUGCUAGGGACGAGCUGUUAUUACCUGAUCCUCCAGACACUGAUGGUGGAACUCUUGUGAAACUAAGCAAAGAAGACAUCGCACAUAUAAUUGGGAAUGCAGCACAAUCAGAUCCGAUGUUUAAGAGAGGCGUGGGUUCACCGGGCGCGGAGCCGAUGUCUCUGGCGCGGCUGCAGGCCUCGUACUCGGCGGACGAGCGGCGCGCCAUACACCAGGCUGUCGUCAGCGCGGUGCCGUCCUGCCAUGACCUAGCUGACUUGGCACUGCCUGGUGAUGGGGACAAGGCUAAAGGGCGGGUGAUUCUAACUCGCUUCGAGAUCUUGGCAGAACUACGGAACAUGCGGCGCCGGCGCACUAAAUACCGCGUUGCUGCUAAGACACGAAACUAUUCUGAUGUUCUGCGGGACGUCAUUAAGACACAGAUGGAACACUAUAACGUAGUGAAAACUGAACCUGUUGAUGAAAUAUCAAAUAGUGGGCCGACUACAUCGAAUCCACAGUUAGACAGAAAUGGUGAAAAUCGCGACAGUUAUAGAAGUCGAGAACGUGAUAUGCCCAGACCUAUUAUAGAAACAAGCGUCAAAACUGAACGAGAGCACUCCCGAGAAAGAGACAGAGAUUACAGUAGAGAAAGAUUUAACAGAGAACGUAGAUAUGAGGACAGGCGUCGGGAGGGGCGUAACGCUGAAAGAAAUAGACACCAAUAUUAUGAAAAAUCUGAUGAAAGAAGACACGACAAGACUCGUGAAAGAUCUCGUAGGUAUCAGGAGAAGUCGAAGAGAUUUGAUCAAGGUGACGAACGAGAAGACAGGUAUCGGGAGAAACGACAAGACAAAUACAAAGAUAGGAGAUAUAACGAUUCAAACCGAGAUCGCAGUCGUGGAAGGAGAAGCAGUAGUCAUCAGCACAGUGAUUAUGAGAAUAGAGUGAAGAUAGAACCGGGAAUCGAGGAAGGUUCUGAUAGACGUAGAGACCGCAGGAGAAGGUCCAGAGAAAAAAGAUACAGCAGUGACUCCUAUAGAGAACAUGAUCAUGAAGAAAGAGUUCGUCGUCAUGAGACUCAUGGUGGUGAUUAUGAAACUCGAGUUAAGAGGGAACCAGACUUUAAUGAGACUGGAGACGACUGGCAGAGCGAAUACCAUGAAAGAUCUACUGAACGAAUUCCCAUUAAACAAGAAAGGGAGCGCUCUAUACCAGAGGAUGACAGAAGCUAUGAGCAACCAAAUAUAAGAGAAAAAAAUAGAUACAGUGCUCAACAUAGUUAUGGCAAGCAUAAAGAAAAGUCACAUAGUAGUGACCAAUAUAGAGAGCGAUCAAAUGCAUAUUCUGCAACAAGUCAAAGGUCAAAAUAUAAACAUAAAAGCAAUGAAAAGAAAAGAAAUAGUAGCGAUGAAUAUAGACAUGAUAAAGAGACGGAUAGAAGGAACCGACAUAGAGAAAAAUCACACGAAAUGUCUUAUAUUAAACAAGAAGAAGAAAGUCCCGAAAAGGAGGGACAUAGAGAGAAAGGAACUAAAAAACAUGAGAAAUACAGGGAUAGUGGAACAACUGAUAGAUAUAAAGAGAAAUCCAAGCAAAGACCAAUCAUAAGUGAUGAUUAUCGAAAAUAUGACCGAUCAAAAGAUAAUUAUAGAAGCCAAAGAUACAAUAGAGAUAGGAGUUAUGACAGAGGGAGCUACUAUAGCCGCUCCUCUGAGGAAACAGAUGCACCAACUAGCUAUAAGAGGUACUACGACAACCCCGCCGAGCCACAUUAUGACCCUCACAAGAAGAUUAAAGUUGAAAAAUAAAAGUUUUUAUACUUCAAGA